AUGCAGGCGAGUGAUGGGUUUAACAAUAAUUCCCAACCUGAGCAUCUCCAGGCUAAAUAUGUUGGCACUAGACAUGCUGACUUGAAUCGAUUUGAAUGGUCCCUGAAUGUCCAGCAUGACAGCUAUGCUUCCUAUGCUGGCCACUACCCCAUACUUACAUACUUUGCCAUUGUAGAAAAUGAAUCAAUAGGAAGAGAACGUUACAAUUUUCUGCAAAAAAUGCUGUUGUCAUGCGGUCUUCCCCCUGAAAGAGAAGAAGAUUAGUUGGCCUCUUCAGAUUGUUAAAUCAAGCAUUCCUG